AUGGUGACUAGAAGUCCUUCCUAUAGAGACCGCCCACUCCGAACAGCUUACAGAGGACCAUUCUCGCGGUCUACCGUCAAGGUACUGCCGCCAGAUCAUUUUAUAAAUGAAGCCAUCAGUCGUCCUGUUCUAGAGACUUUAGUCCAGAAGAUAGACGAGCUAGGUCUUAAAAUUAUUUCCGUCGACCCUGUCAUUAUGGAUGAUCUACCUACUUUACGAAUCACAUCCCGACAAACGAAACCCGAAGACUUCGACUCUAAAAUCGCUUCAAAUAUCCGCUCGAUACUCCAAACGAGAAAAUUUUAUUCUAUCAAAUUUUCCGAGGAUGAAAGCAAGACACCACAGGUACAUCCACUAUCACCUAGAAAUUAUGGCUCCCUUCGGCUCCCUGGGCAAAGUGUCGGUAUUGAGGGAGUACCCUGGGGAGGGGGUACAAUCGGUGGGUAUAUUGCAUUCGACGAUCCAGCUAUGGAGAAUUACCGCUUCGGUAUGUCUUGCCAUCACGUUUUACAGCCGACAAGACGAGAAUGCAAUGGAGAAGGUCGUAUGGAAAAGAUUUCCCAACAUCUCAACGAAAUCGGAGUACUUCACGGCCCAGUAUCGUGGGUCUUGAAGGGAGGAGACCGAGUUGUUACUCCAGCGCCGUCUGACCAUAUAGAUCUAAUUGAAGAAGCUAUAGCAAAAAUUGCUGCAUUUCGUGCCGAGGGAACAUCGACCAGAAGUAGCUCUGAAGAUCUAAGUAGAUCGCCCUCUGAGACACUUGCGGCGAAAAGUCGUGAACGAGAAACAGCGGAACACUUAAAGCUUUUACGGAAACAUGAUGGUACAUUUGGGAAAGUGUCCGUAACAUCUGGGUAUCGAGUAGAUCCUUUAACUGGGUUCUCAAUUGAUUGGGGCCUUGUUAGAAUGCCAGCAGCGGCAGCAGCAGCAAAUGUUUAUAUGUUUCCAUUAGCUGGCUGGGAAGGUCAGACUCAAAAAGCCAUCCUUAAAAUAGGAGACCCAAUUCCUGGUGAAGAAGUCUGUAAGCUUGGACGAAGUACGAAUUUUACUUCGGGGAUCGUUAGUCCAGCACUACAUGCUAUCGAUUUGGGCCGUAAUGGCGUAAUCACAACAGAAUGGGCGAUCAUUGGGGAUAGAAAUCUCCCAUUUUCUGCGGACGGUGAUUCUGGAAGCUGGGUCAUAAAUAAAGAAUAUGAAGUUGUGGGAAUGAUUGUUGGAAAUAAUGGUGUGGUCUCCUAUAUGACACCUAUUAAGGUCGUUAUCAAAGAUAUCGAGGCAGCUACUGGCAAAGCAGUGAUAUUACAUGGAAAUCAAGGGCAAACAUGGAGCAAAGCUAAAGAAUGGAAGCCAAGAAGGUUUUUCGGCUUGCUUAAAGGUAGCAGUCAUUAA